AUGAGAUCCCUCUAUGUCUCGCUCACCUUCGUGCUCGGCCUGCUAAGUUCUGUGCCAUUCUCUGCCGCCGAAAAUGGAAUCCUCUUCAAUGUCACCGACGCGCUCCCUACCGAGACUUCACCACGGAAACUAAGUGAUCGAGCCGUCAACGGUACUCUUGCGGAAUCCUUUCGGCUUUUGUCGCGCACACAAGUCGAGACAUUCCUGAAAAGGUCGCCAGGGGUCUGGAAUGCCGACUGA